GUAUCGCUUCGCGGCCCGCGCGCGCGCUUCUCUCCGGCGCAGGCACCGGCGCGGGCCAUGUCUCCAGCCUCCCUGUUAUCCGCGCUGGCGGUGCGGCUGCUGCGCCCUGCGCGCGGCUGCCACGCCCGCCCGCGGCUCUUCCACCUGGCAGCCGUGCGAAAUGAAGCUGUUGUCAUUUCUGGGAGGAAGCUGGCCCAGCAGAUCAAGCAAGAAGUGCGGGAGGAGGUGGAAGAGUGGGUGGCCUUGGGCAACAAACGGCCGCACCUCAGUGUCAUUCUGGUUGGUGACAACCCUGCCAGUCACUCCUAUGUUCUCAACAAGACCAGGGCAGCGGCUGAAGUGGGAAUCAGCAGUGAGACAAUUGUGAAACCAGCCUCAGUUUCAGAGGAAGAGCUGUUGAAUUCCAUCAGGAAACUGAACAAUGAUGAGAACGUAGACGGCCUCCUUGUUCAGCUGCCACUCCCAGAGCACAUCGAUGAGAGGAAGAUCUGCAACGCCAUUUCCCCUGACAAGGACGUUGAUGGCUUUCAUGUCAUUAACGUGGGGCGGAUGUGCCUGGACCAGUAUUCAAUGCUGCCGGCCACCCCGUGGGGCGUGUGGGAGAUAAUUAAGAGAACCGGCAUUCCGACCUUAGGGAAGAAUGUGGUGGUAGCUGGCAGGUCAAAAAACGUUGGAAUGCCAAUUGCAAUGUUGCUGCACACGGACGGAGCCCACGAACGGCCUGGGGGUGAUGCCACAGUUACAAUCUCUCACCGACACACUCCCAAAGAGCAGCUGAAGAAGCACACGAUCCUCGCGGACAUUGUGGUGUCUGCCGCUGGCAUUCCAAAUCUGAUCACAGCGGACAUGAUCAAGGAAGGGGCAGCAGUCAUCGACGUGGGAAUAAACCGAGUUCAAGAUCCUGUCACCGCAAAGCCCAAGCUGGUUGGAGAUGUGGAUUUUGAAGGAGUCAAGAAGAAAGCCGGUUAUAUCACUCCUGUCCCUGGGGGUGUUGGUCCCAUGACGGUGGCCAUGCUAAUGAAGAACACCGUUAUUGCUGCAAAGAAAGUGCUGCGGCCUGAGGAGCUGGAGGUGCUGAAGUCCCAGCAGCGUGGGGUCGCCACCAACUAGCAGCCCUGCGCCGGCCUGAGGCAGAGUGGGCCACAGGGGGCAGGGUUUUUAAUUUAUUCUGUUGAAAUGGUUUAAGAUGAUGUUUGUAUUUAUUGAAAGCUUAACCGAGUGUGUGUGGGUGUGUGUGGGUGUGUGGCGCGUGGCUCUGCAGGACCUCACCAGGGUGCCCAUCAGUGUCCUGCUUUUGACCUGGUGAUGCAUGGAAGACAUCCUUAUGCUGAGAAGAGGAGCUGAACUUCAUCAAAAAGUCUGCCUUUUGGGGCUCUCAUUCCUAAGUGCUAUUCCAAUACCAGUUGAUGACUCAUCUUAGGUCCCAAGCCUUUGAAUUCAACUUUCAAACCAAAGGAAAACUUCUUAGAGAAAACUACGGGAAAGGAAGAAAUGGCCUCGCUGCGUGAGGACGGGGUACUCUGUCACUUUCUGUGCACGCCAGCGCGUGACCAGAUUUCCCUGCGGGAGCUCAGUCGGCUGGGGUGGUGGACGGAAGCCCUGCCAGCUGGUUCGCUGGGGAAGCUUCAGGCUCUCCCCACUCGCUGUUACCCUCUUUCUGUGAGCUUGCCCUAUUUUAGUUUUCUAGGAUCAAAAAGCUCAUUUUAUAAAUGAUGUGUUGUCAUGUUCUGCUUUUGCGGUACAUUUAAACUUUAAAUUUCAGACUGUUAGAGAGUGUGUCUGUUUUCUCUGGCAUACGUCUUAAGCCUGUCUUUUGAAAAACAAAACUUGGGUGCGAUAAUCAUGAGGGCAGCUCGUGUGGAACUUUCAUGUACCCAGUUGGCUCUCCUGAAAGGUAUCGAGGAGCUUGAGUUAACAGAAGGUUUAAUCAGAUUUUCAUAUUAAAGGGUGUCGUUGCUGUUGCUGGGUUUUUGUUUUUAAAUAAAACACAUCUGUCUGGUGUGGAGUGAGUUUCUGAAA